GGAAAACCUUGGCAACCUGUUCUUCAUCAUGGAUUCCGAGAUUGUCCAAGUCUCUGGUAGCACAAUCGUAAAGCAGCAAGUCACCUCUAGUGUUCUUCAAAAACAAUUUGUCGUUCUUGUAGAGUCCCAACACCUCACGAAAAGCAGCUGCUGCAGGGAUACUGAACGUCGAAACAAGGGACAAAUUAUGCUCAUUCCUCCACGCCCAAAUCUCGAAAGUAAAACAAUCGCUCUCUUUAGACUUGGAAUCACAGCAGAUAACAGCCAGCGACCCAUGAAACUCGACAAGCACAAAGUUCCUCAGCAUCUCCUUCUUUGGCAAACAAAUAAGAUCAGAACCGAACAUCUCGUUAGAAAAGUCGAACGAAAUAAUAGAAAAACCACCAUCCCCCCUACAAUCAUUAACCAACCAAUAGUGAAAACCUUAUCUCAAAGGCUCCAUGGAUUCUCUCUGUCCGAUAAGGAACACAACCUCAUUGAUAUAGCAAAUGAUGAUAUCAAAAUCAUUGUUGUCGAGUGCCAGCGCAGUAUGUUCGGAAAAAUAAUUGGGGAAAGAAAGACUUCAUGGAUGGGACUCAAAAGAGCUAUGAGCAACAUAUGGAAGCUUAAAGAGCCGAUGGAGAUUAAGGAAUUGGGUCACAACUUUUUCCAAUUUAUAUUCCAGAAUAAAGAAGAUCUUGAACGG